UAGAUCCCCAUUUGAAGAUGACUUCCCAAUCAGAUCAUCCAAUGGCAUUUGUAAGCUGUAUUGAGUGCGGGUGUGUGACCUAUUUCCGUUGGAAGGCGAUGUACGCUGUUGCUGUGAUACUGCCGCGGAAUUGUUCGUUUUUAUAAGUCCACACCAGUGACAGCAUGGCAGAAGAUCCUGCAGUGCGCACGGCUGCGUACAACGCAGGCGGUUACUGCACGAAGACACACAACAUCCCUGUGGAACACUUUGAGUACUCUUACAUAGAGAAGUGUAACAAUGUGAAAGAGCUGGAGAAGAUAUUGCUGGCUUUAAGGUCAGGAGAGGAGGGGGUGUUCCCACACUUGGAACAGCAGUGUGAAAACAAACUGAGGAACCUUCAUCCUGAGAGCCGAGUAUUGAGAGAAGUUAAACCUAUUGGGACAUUGAGGGACCUCAGCAAGGAAGAACAGAUAGAACUGAAAGAUGACCUCAGUGACUGGCUACAGCAGAUGAAAACUACUGACACAAAACUGAAGACAGAAACUGGAAUUCUGGGAGAUGAAAAGUUGCCACCUCCACGAGCCGUAAACACCAAAACUAAUGAAGCAAAAUUAGCUAAUAAAAGUAACAAAUCCAACAAGCGAGUGAAGCCGAGAGACUACAAGGAAUGGGACAAGGUUGAUAUAGAUGCAGAACUGGAGAAGAUUGACAAGCAACCAGAAGAAAUCAAGGCAAAGUCUGUCAAUAAACCUAAGUCUGGUAAACUAGUGGAUACUUUAGAUCCUACAGGUUUAACACAAGCAGAGAAAGAGCUGAAAGCCAGCAGGGAAAAAGACAAAGGAAAUGAGGCAUUUCGAUCAGCAGAUUACCAGGAAGCAGUGACGUACUACUCCCGAAGCCUGUCUCUCUGUCCCUCUGCUGCCUCAUACAACAACAGGGCCAUAGCUUAUGUGAAGUUAUGUAAGUGGAAGAAGGCAAUAGAAGACUGUGAUCAGGUGCUACAGCUGGAGCCUGGAAACAUCAAGGCGUGCUUUCGCCGAGCUCUUGCCAACAAAGGUUGUAAAGACUUCCAGGCAGCCAAGGAGGACCUGGAGCAAGUGCUGACUGUGGAACCACAUAACAAGAAGGCACAGGAGCUGUUGCAGCAAGUUGAGGAGGAGCUGACCAAGGUCAAGGACAAACCCAAGGGCAGACGGCUGGAAAUAGAGGAGGUCGGCAGCUCAGAUUCUGAGGGAGAGGAGGAGGAAACGAAAGAAAAUGAAGAAGUCUGUAGUGAUGAAAAUGAUGGAAGUAAAAGUAGUAAACUAGUAAAUGGUUUGAGCAGCCAUGACAGUAAAACUGUGGAAAACAGCAAUGACAUAGCUCAAACAGGAAACUGUACAGCUAGUGACAUCUGGGGGGAAGGUGAAAUUGAAAAUAAUGCUGAGUCAUCGUCACCUGUGAUCUCAGCAAAACCUGAGAGUGACAAACAAGAAGAAACAAAUCCAUCAUUAAAUGAAAAAGUUGAUAUAGCAAACAAAACUGUUGACUUAGUCAUGGAAAAAACAGACAAAACUGUGACUGUAGACCCUCCAUCAGAGGUCAGUAGUGACAACCCUGUCCAAGAGGCUCCCAAGCCAAGAGUUGUCCUGCUUCCUGUUCUGCCUGCCAAGGUGUUAGAGUUGAAGGAAGAGGGCAAUACUCUGUACAAGGCAGGCCAGUAUGGGGAGGCUAUAGAGAAGUAUACCAAGGCAGUGGAUAUACUCCAUACUAUGCCUGAUCACUAUGGUAACCUGUCCACCAUCUACAGUAAUAGGGCUGCUUGUAAAUCAAAGAUUGGGGACUGCAGUGGCUGCAUCAAAGAUUGUGAUCGGGCGCUGGAACUGGUUCCACAUUCCAUCAAGCCUAUCUUGAGAAGAGCUGCUGCUUAUGAAGCUUCUGAGAGGUUCCGUCAGGCAUAUGUUGACUUUAAGUAUGCAUUAGGCAUUGAUGGUAGUAUACACUCAGCUCACCAGGGGGCAGAUAGGUGUCGCCACAUGCUGCAGCGUGAAGAUGGCGUCAGGUGGCGGGAAAAGCUGCCUCCCAUUCCCUCAGUCCUGGCGUACGAGAUCCCUGUCUUCACCAGUGACAAUUCAGCCAUUCCAUCACCAAGUGUCACCACUGCAACCACGUUAUCUGCCGCUGGUGACAGAAACGAAAGUGAAGCAGACAACGGUGGCAGUCAGAGGAGACCAUCUGAUGAGGAACGUUUCUUUAAGCUAAAAGCUCAGGGCAACGAUGAUGUUCAGAAGGGGAACUUCAAGCGAGCCAUUGAGUCCUAUACACAGUGUAUCAGUCUUUACCCAGGAAGAGCCGUCUCCUAUACCAACAGGGCACUGUGCUACCUGAGACUUAACCAG